AUGGACGCUGAGAUCAUCGACGCCAUUACUGCCAGAAAAGUUCAGAAAGCUGACCGUGAGAAAUUGAGGAGGGACCGCCUGAACGAGCAGUUCAUGGAGUUGGGGAACACCCUCGACCCGGACAGACCAAAAAAUGACAAAGCUUCCAUUCUAUCCGACACGAUUCAAAUGCUGAAGGACUUGACUUCUCAGGUCGACAGGCUAAAAUCUGAAUAUGCAGCACUCACCGAAGAAUCCUGUGAGUUGACUCAAGAGAAAAAUGAUCUCCGAGAAGAAAAGGCAUCUCUCAAAUCUGAUAUCGAGAACCUCAAUGUUCAGUACUCGCAAAGAAUGCGUGCAAUGUACCCAUGGGCUGGAAUGGAUCACUCUGUUGUGAUGCAUCCACCCUCUUAUCCAUUUCCCGUGCCUGUCCCCAUGCCUGCUCCCAUGGCUGCUGGCCCAAUCCCUUUGCACCCUUCUUUACAGCCUUACCCAUUCUAUGGGAACCAAAGUCCAGCCGUUGUUCAUAAUCCGUGCUCUACUUUUGUCCCGUACAUGGCCCAUAAUUCCGUGAUUGAACAGCACUCGACCCAGCAUGUAUCUCAAGCUGUGCCACAAAGUAACAACAGGUCCCAUGGUUCGGGCAAACAGGACUCUAAGUAUAAAACUUCUGAUGGGGAGAGUAGAAUAGAGAAAAGUGAUGACUCAAAUGACGUUACUACGGAUCUAGAGCUUAAAACCCCUGGAUCUAUACCUGAACAAGAAUCUUUGAAACAAAAGAAAGCCAAAAAAAUAAAAGAAACCAUCAUUCCAGAUGCAAGUUCUUCGAGUGGGUGUUCCUCAGCUCAAAUCGAGUCUACUUUCUGGCGAGGCGUGGCGGCUCGGCUGGCGGUCUACGUCACAGUCGACAGUUGGGGCGGCAGGUUUUCCGUGGUGCAUGGCAGUUUUGCUGCUGGUGGUUUUGCUGCUGGUGGCUUACCAACCACCUACCCCCAUAACUCUUUGGAUGGGGCGGCUGAGAAGGUCAUCACCAGGAAAGAGUCAAGCUUGGAGGUUUGUAUGACGGGUAACGAAGGUGGGAUCGAAAAUCACCGGUUCUGGUGGCUCUCGGCGAUCCAACUCUCAUCUCUUUAG